AUGUCCUCCUCCCCGAAAGCAGAACCACCCACCACAACCUCCAUCAUCCGAGGCGCAACCACCGAGUUCUCCACCGUGCACCCAGAUAUCAUCGAGGCCCACAUCCUCACCCGCCUCAACGGCCCCGCUCUCGCCUCCCUCAGCUGCGUCUCCUCCACACUCCACUCUCUCUCCACCCAAGACCACCUUUGGUUCCACAUCUGCCACUGCAAUUGGCCCUCCACCGUGACACCACGUGUUCGCCACGUCAUCUCCACGUACCCAGAAGGAGGCCCACGCUCUUUUUUCUCCCAUUCAUACCCUCUCCCAAUCAUGCAUCCAACCUCCACAUCAUCAAAUUCGAAUUCGGCCCCACCUUCAGAAUUAAUCUCAGCCGUUGAUAUUCACUACCAAAACGAACUCAUUUUUACCAAGGUCCACGAGACUGAAACCGUGACAGGGUGGUUCCGAUGCUCACCUUUCAGAAUUGACAUGUUGGAACCCAAAGAUGUAGUUUCGACACCAAUAGAACACCCAAAUGGUGAUGACACGUGUACGGCUCUAAUGGACGACAUGACGCUGAGCUGGAUUUUAAUCGACCCAAUCGGACGGCGAGCAGUGAACUUAUCUUCUAACAAGCCCGUUUCGGUACAGAGACAUUGGUUGAGUGGUGAAGUCCAGGUGCGGUUCGCUUCAAUUUUAGCCAGUAAUAAUCAAAAAGGGUCCGUCUCGGGAUUCGUGCAAUGCGAGAUCGUGGUCACGUGCAGUGGGUCCGAGGGAGGGGAGAUGCAAGUGAGCGAGGUGAGCUUGGAGGUGGAGGACAUGGAUGGGAAACAUUUGAAUGGGAAGGAUAGUUUGGUCAUUUUGCAACGCGCAUUGGAGGGCAAAAAAGGUAAAGGAAAGAAUCGGGAGGAAGAAGGGAGGAAGAGCCAAAGGAAGUUUUUGAAAAUGAAAAAAGAGAGAAAAGAAAAGAAGUUGAGGAGAGAGGGCACAUUGGACAUCUUGUGUGUGGUUUUUGGAGUAACCGUUUUUGCAACGUUUUGUUUCUUUAUAUUCGGCAAUUAA